CAAACUGACCAGAAGCCCCCAUGCAGAGGCGGCUGCUGGGGACAGCCAGGUUACCCCAACACGAGUGGGGCUCCUGCGUGCCCCACUUCCCACCCCAUCGGUCACAGGCCUCGAAUGCGCAUCCUGCCAUGUGGAGACCAGACCACAGGCCGCCAAGCCCUGUCUCGGGAAACGGGCCUGGGGCCCUGGGCGGCCGGCACUCACUUCGUGGCUAUCUCUACCACCACGUGGGGCAGAAAGAUGCCGGCCUGGAUUUCUGAGCUCCUCAACAGCUCGGGAACAGCGCAGUCACUUGCCAACGCAGUGUGUGAGGCACAGACCAUUCCAGGGCCUGGCCUGUGCCCACAGGGCACUCCUACCACACGGGCUCCUUCUCACAAGGCGACACCGUCCACCCCCAGUCGCUGGGGCCCAAAGCAGCCCCAGAACAGACACAUGCACCCCAAAAAGGGGGUCAGUGGGGGCCCCUCGCCGCCGCCCCCUGCCGCCUCCCGAUCUGGUCAAACUCCCGGGCACGAGCCCCGCGUGCAGGCGCCGGGCCUGGACUCCUGUGGCCGUCCCGCCAGCGCCCGCCUUCCGUCCCUGCAUUUAGAGAAGGACGAUGGCAAAGGCACCCGCCCGCUGACCCCUCUUACAGCUGCUGCCACGCCACGGGCGGUGACCACACAGACGUCCCCUCUGCCAUUGUUGUGGGACUGGGAAGGACGCCGGGCAGAUACAGCCUCCCCCUCCAGUGCCCCGAACUCCCUGGGUCCACCCCGGCUCCCAUGGUGGGGAGGGGCCGCCUUGGAGCCCCCAUGGGAGAGAGUGGAGGUGGGGUAAGUGCCUGGAGCUCUUGGCCAUCAUGUGCGAAUGUUUUGCUCCCUGCUGAUGCCUCCCUCGCACCGUCCUGUCUGUAUUGUGGACUGGGCAGCUCUCACGGGGGGCAGUUCUGUCCCCAGGGGACACUGGCCAGCAAGUGGAGACGUCUGUGGUCUUGGUUGGUGUUGCUGCAGGCAUCUGGCUGGUGGAGCCCAGGGAGGCUGUCCCGGCCCCUGCAGCCUGCAGAACAGUCCCGCCGUGGAGGACGGCCAGCCCUGAGUCCCCAGUGCCCCAGGGCCCGGGACACCCCUGCCUGCCCUGGGCAGAUCCCCGGGGCCAGGCGGUUCAGGCCGUGCUCCUGCCCGCUGGGGUCUCCUGCCGUCCUCGCCAUCACCACUGGGUGGAGCCACAGGUCCGUGUGA